UGCAGCCAGUAUUCACCCGGGGUAAUUUCUCCUACGGACACUAACACGGAAUCAGCAGGGUAGUGAUUAACAUCCGCUGUUUUAAUCCCUUCAGAGCCGGUCGUCGUUCAGUAGCAUGAAAAAUAUGUUAACCAUUAUCUCUAACGCACUUUGCAGGAUCACUGGCAGGAAUGCGGGAGCCCAAACAGUGUCCGAGUUGCUGAUUGACCUGUCAGAGUACGUCAAUCUAACCUCGCCGGCGGCGCUCGCCUUGGCACAGACCCAGCGGCAACCACCUAAACCACCACCAGACAAUACUAGGGCGUCUGCUACACAGUUAGUUAGCGCCCAGACCGACCAGCUAGACAGACCAGGUGCCAGAGUCGUAGUUUCCCGCUCCUUCGCUGACUUCACGUCUCAGGCUACCUUUGACAUCAAGAAAUGCGACCUGCACCGUCUGGAGGAGGGUCCCCCGUUAAAGGCGGAGAUGACGCGGGAGCAGGGCCUGCAGUAUUAUCGCAUCAUGCAGACUGUGAGGCGCAUGGAGCUCAAAGCUGAUCAGCUCUACAAACAGAAGAUCAUCAGAGGCUUCUGUCACCUGUAUGAUGGACAGGAAGCAUGUGCAGUUGGCAUUGAGGCGGCCAUCAACCCCUCUGAUCACCUGAUCACCGCCUACCGCGCCCACGGCUACACAUAUACCCGGGGUGUCUCCAUCAAAGAAAUCCUGGCCGAGCUCACCGGUCGUAGAGGCGGAGUGGCCAAAGGAAAAGGAGGGUCGAUGCACAUGUACGCUCCACAUUUCUACGGAGGGAACGGCAUAGUGGGAGCACAGGUUCCUUUAGGAGCUGGCAUUGCUCUGGCCUGCCAGUACCAAGGCAACGAUCAGUUGUGUGUCACGCUCUACGGAGACGGGGCAGCCAAUCAGGGUCAGCUGUUUGAGUCGUUCAAUAUGGCCGCCCUGUGGAAGCUGCCGUGUAUCUUCAUCUGUGAGAACAACAAGUACGGCAUGGGGACGUCAGUGGAGAGAGCGUCAGCCAGCACUGACUACUACAAGAGAGGAGACUUCAUACCAGGAAUCAGAGUGGAUGGGAUGGAUGUCCUGUGUGUCAGAGAGGCCACCAAGUUUGCUGCAGAUCACUGCAGAUCUGGAAAGGGUCCGAUUGUAAUGGAGCUGCAGACUUACCGUUACCACGGACACAGCAUGAGUGACCCAGGUGUCAGCUACCGCACUCGUGAUGAGAUUCAGGAAGUCCGCAGUAAGAGUGACCCCAUCACCAUGCUGAAAGAGCGCAUGCUCAGCAACAACAUGGCAUCUGUAGAGGAGUUCAAGGAAAUUGACAUUGCGAUCCGUAAGGAGGUGGAGGAGGCGGCUCAGUUUGCUACAUCAGAUCCAGAGCCGCCACUGGAGGAGCUGUGCAACCACAUCUUCAGCAACGACUCAGCGCUGGAAGUCCGCGGGACAAACCCCUGGGUCAAACUCAAGUCUGUCAGCUAGACUCACACACAUACACUCCAAAUAUACGCACACUGACCUUCCACCCAGUGUUAAACGAAGUCCCUCCAACUGCACCCACAUCCUGACUUUUAACGCUCAGCACCUCCUUCCUCGAUUGUAGAUCAUUACGCACCUUAAUAGGACUCAGCUCUGACCUGAAACCUGUCAGUGUUAUUUAUUUAUAGUUUUAUAUAUAGAUAUUUAAGAUAUAUUCUUUGUCUGUGUUUGUUCUGCCGUAUAUCUGACCAGUCUGUUGGCGUUGUAUCAUCAUCAUCAAGCUGUGGAGAGCUGCUGCCAGAUGUUUGUGGUGUAUGAGAAGAUUCUUCAGAGGGCGCUGUGUGUACUUUAACAAGUUUUAAAUACUGCAGGGCUGCGCAAUAUACACACAAAACUUAGGUUUCCUCUUUUUUUCCCACUGAAUAGCUUGUCUGUUUUAAAUUCCUCCACUUUUUGGCAGCAUUUUUAGCUGUUUUUCCAGCUUUAAAUGUUAAGUAAAAUUUGGACUCUGCUUGAAGAAAAUUGUCUGAAUCACUAUUUUCCUUCCAAGAAACCAUCGGCAGCUUUUUAAAAAAAAAAAAACAACAAAAAAGAAUUGUGGAUAUUUUAAUGUCGGUCAUAAAGCAAUCAAUCAAUCACUAGAGUCUUUGACUUUUCAGACCUCUUUUGCUUUAGUUUUAAGAUGUUUUUAAGAGACUGCAGGAAAGAAUUCAGUAUGUUUUGUGUCAGCGUGCUGGAAAUGCACCACAGGGCAAGAUGAGCAAAAUACAUUUACUCUACUGUACUGUACUUAAGUACAAUUUUUAGGUAAUUAUUAAAUUUUCUGUUACUUUAUACUCCUAUGUUUCAGACGGAAAUAUUUGUACUCACCUGUAUUUACUAGAUACAGUUAGUGACUUUGCAGAUUCAGAUUAUUAAUAUGAAUUUAUUAACAAAUCUAUUCUGAUUUAUUAUUCGAGAGUAGAAGAAGCAAUACAGUCAUUCAAAUGAGCUGCAGCUGCAACAUUAAAGUGAUGAACACAUAAAUGCAUCAGUAAUAUAAUCUAUGAGAAGUAUAAUUCUGAAAUGAGCCAUUCUGCAUAAUGAGUACUUUUACUUUUAGUACUUUAGGUAUAUUUUGGUGCUUUUGUUCUCCAGUAAAAUACAGGACAGUUACAUGUUGCAGCGAUUUGACAUGGCCGUACUGCUACUUUUAAGUAAAAGAUCUGAAUACUUCUCCCCCCACUAGUUUGAAAGGACAUGUAUGUGUAUUUAUUUUGAGUCGGAGGAAUUAGGGUUGCAACAGUUAGAAAUUUUCAUGGUUCAAUAACCAUCUCGGAAAAUAUCACGGCAUACGGUAUUACACAAUUUAUUGUUAUUAUCAGUUAGUGACCUUUCAAAGAAAUGAAAACAGGGUUUUUUGAGUUGAACAAAAGUUUUAUUAUAAUUUAAACUGGAGAUGGAAGUAAGUCCCCCUUUUUAGUAUUAAAUGCAAUGAGAUUCUCCGUCUGGCAGACAGAUACCGAAGAUGAGCAAAUGUAUGAUUACCAUAAAUUUUCACACCCCUAUAAAUAGGGUUCCCAUGGUCAUGGAAAAUUUGGAAAAGUCAUGGAAUUUCACAAUCACAUUUUUUCCAGACCUGAAAAGUUGUGGAAUUAGUCUAAGUCAUUGAAAGUCUUGGUGAAGUAAAAAGUAUAAUGCAGUUGCUACAGUAAUCUUAUGUGGAUAACACUCUGCAUAAUGUAACAUAACAGCAUAUUAAUUUUCUUCAGCUAUGUACAUAACAUAGCUCUAACAUGAAUCAGUGUGUGACAGAGUUUUGUUUACCAUCAAGUACAUUUCAUUAGUUUCUCCUGGGGUUUGUCUCUUCCUUCCUGUAUGCCAGCUAGCUGAAAUGAUGUUUGAAUAGAGUUUGAAUCUGGUAUGUAAAUGUUGGGCAAGUGGGACAAGAACAAAAACAAUCUUCAUUUUGGGUCCUUGGAAAGUCAUGGAGAACUAUGAAAAUGUGUGGAACCGCAGGUAUAAUGUGAAACUGGAAUACUGCUGCAACAAUAGUAGGAAUUUAUCAAAUGAUGAUUUCUGAAUAUUGAGAUGACUGUUGAUCAGUCCUUAAAAGCCUAGAUUUAAAUAUUUAACACUAAGCAAAGGUUUUAUUCCAGAGUGACCCACAGGAAACUACAGACCAGAAAAUCCCAAUAUUCACAUUUCCAUCCAGCUACUGAGCAAAGAGACGGAAAAUUCUAGCGAUUAAAUAAAAAGUUGAAAGUUUUGAGAGAACAAUUCUUCUCUGCUGAAAGAUGGAUGCACUACUUCUAUAUUAUUUAAUAGUUUACUUUCUGGACACAUUUUAGUCAGUGGUUUUAUGUGACUGCUACAUGUAAUGAUGCACUUAAAAUAUGGAGCGACUAUUUGUGUUUUCAAAUUUGGUAUAUGGGAAAACUUGAACGAAAAAACAGCAGUAGCACUAACCAGAUUUUCUGUUCCUCGCUACAAGUAACUCUCUGGUCCUUUAUAAGAAAGUUUACUGUUACUGAACCUGAACUUGUACAGAUAUAAAGCUUUACUUGACUGUUUGUGUGUUUGUGUUGAACUGAAAGACUGUUUGGCUGUAAAAUAAAUGCAAUCAGAAAGUGUGGAGACGAA